AUGUCAAUCGAAAGCUUCGAAGAUACCAAUGCAAUGGCUUCCAUGCUCAGAGCUCUGAUGAAGCGCUCGUAUACAACAGUACCCGCUGACACAGAGAAAGACGCCAUGUUGGGACAAGCAUCCUGCCACACCAAAGGAGACGAUGCGAUCGAAACCAGCAGUCAGACCUCCGCAGAGACUGUCUGUGAAGGACCUCAACCAACUUCAGAAAGAGAACGCAGCCCCGUCAAUGCAAGAAUAGUAUCUGAUGCCAUCAUCGGUCUUUCAGACGGCUUGACAGUGCCCUUCGCUCUCACCGCCGGUCUCUCUGCUCUAGGCGAUACAAAAGUUGUUGUUUUUGGUGGUCUCGCUGAGCUCAUCGCAGGAGCAAUCUCAAUGGGCUUGGGUGGCUACUUAGGUGCAAAAAGUGAAGAAGCAGCAUACAAUGCCACAUACCGCUCGACACGGUCACAAGUUCUGGAAUCAAGCGGCAAUCUGUCCUCGGAGAUCACAUCCAUAUUCGCACCCUACCAUCUCUCACCCUCCCUCCUCAAGGACUUUACUCAUCAACUCAUUACCUCCAACAGUCCAGAAGCAGUUGUGGACUUCCUCAUGCACUUCCAGCACAACACGCCUGAACCCGCGCCCAGUCGGGCGGUAGUCUGUGCCAUUACAAUCGCGUUGGGAUAUUUCAUUGGUGGCUUCGUACCACUACUCCCAUAUUUCUUCGCGAGUCACGUCACGGAAGGGCUGAUAUGGAGCAUUAGCGUGAUGGUUGUUGCACUCUUUGUUUUUGGAUACGUCAAGACUGGGUUUGUCGAGGGCUGGCGAGGUUGGGGAAGCAUGAAGUGCAAUCUUGCGGGUGCGGGGCAGAUGGUGAUAAUUGGAGGCGCAGCAGCAGGUUGUGCCAUGGGCGUUGUUAGGCUGUUCAAUUCUCUGCAAUAG